CCCCAGACGGCCAGACGGCAGAGGUGGCUGAGGGGUAGCGCGAAGUUUGUGGCAGUGGAGGCUGGCUCUUGCUCUAUACCACUGGCUUCGGGGCUGCUCCCGCCUCAGGAUGAUCGUGGCUCCGGCGGCCGAGAGGAACAAGGAGCCCAUCCUGGCUGUCAUCCGGCAGCAGCUGAGACCCCGAGCGCCAGCGCUGGCGCUGGAGUUAGCUUCAGGAUCCGGGCAGCACCUGGUGCACUUCGCCCAGGCUCUGCCCAACGUAGUGUGGCAGCCGUCUGAAGUGGAUCCCCGGGCCCUGGAGAGCAUCUCAGCAUAUAUUGCAGCAACGAAAGUGGCGAAUGUAAAGCAGCCACUUCAUAUUGACUGUUCUCAGAGCUGGGAGACCUGGAGAGGCGUGAAACCAAAUUCCUUUGAUCUUAUUCUAAAUAUUAACAUGAUUCACAUCACAGAGAUGAAGUGCACUGAGGGUCUGUUCAAAGGUGCUGGCCAGUUACUAAAACCAGAGGCCUUACUUAUUACUUAUGGGCCUUACGCGAUCAAUGGUGUAAUUACUCCACAAAGCAAUAUAGACUUUGAUUUGAGCUUGAGGCAAAGAAAUCCAGUCUGGGGUCUGAGAGAUAUAAGCUUGUUAAAGAAAUUGGCUGAAGAAAACAGGAUGAUAUUCAAGCAGAUGGUUGACAUGCCAGCCAAUAAUAAAUGCGUGAUCUUCCAGAAAUGGUCGAGUGUAUAGCAGUCAUCUCUUUUGCAGUUCUGAGACACAGGGAAGAGAUGCAAUGUUUAACUCUGAAUUAUUGUACCAUUGUGUCGUGAGAUGGAAGUGCUGUUAAACCUCUUUUAACUAGUUCAACUAAACCAAAUAACUGACUUCAAUUAAGGUUAAUAGUGAGUGAUUCAGAAUUCUUUUUCUAAACUAGUCACAUUUUCCAAGAAUUGAAAAUGACCGAAUAAAACUCUUCCUUUAUGCUUGAAAAUGCACAGACCCAGCAGAAUGAAUUAUUUUGAAUAAAUCUGAGUUACUUUGCUUGAAUGUAAAAAGGGUGUGUGUUUUUGAGGAACAGACUUCCUUCCCCACACCCUGUGCCCCACCCAUGUUAUUACAGGCAGGCUGAACGUCAAACUCUGUCCUUGGGAGAUUGACUGAUCAUACAAAGUGAGAUGGAAGGAAGUUACCAGCUUCCUUCCCUGGCUUGAUGUCUAAAGUUGAAAUUGAGACGUUGUGUCCAGAGGCUCUCCCAAUUUUUGGUUCACAACAGUAACUUCUUAAAAGAGGAAUUCCUAUAUGUUAAUAUAACGUGUGUUUGUUGUUACCCUGGAAUACGGCUCAGUGUAUGUGCGUGCACAUGUGUGGGUUUCGCUGUUGUUUUCUCUACAUUUGUUGUGGCUUGCACUGACACAGCCUGUAAUUCGAUUAAUCCAGAGUUGUACGUGUUGAUAUAAUUCUCUGAAGGAAAGCUAAUCACAUUUCAUGUAAUUGAAUGCCUUUGCUCAGUAUUGUACUGUGACCAAGCUUCUGACAUAUGUAAAAUACAUCAAAAACAUCAUUACCUGCUACAGCCUUCUGUGCCCUGCCCACACACCUAUAGCUUCACCACAAAGGAACGGGGAGCCAGCAGAGUAUUGCAGCUUUGAUACCACAGUGCUCUAGCCUUAUUUUGUGGAGGCCUGUUCUCUGUAGAUAACUAGUGGAUACAUAGUUGUUAGUACAGAACUACUGGGGGAAAAAAAAAUGUUGAAACUCUCAUCUGAAAGUUGCCUCCCAGGUUGACAGGGCUGUUAAGAAGGCAUACAGUGUUUUAGCUUUUAUUAAUAGAGGAACUGAGUUCUGGAACCAAGAGGUUAUGCUGCAGCUGUACAAAACUCUGGUGCGGCCGCACUUGGAGUACUGCGUACAGUUCUGGUCACCGCAUUAUAAGAAGGAUGUGGAAGCUUUGGAAAGGGUGCAGAGGAGAUUCACUAGGAUGUUGCCUGGUCUGGAGGGAAGGUCUUACAAGGAAAGGCUGAGGGACUUGAGGCUGUUUUCAUUAGAGAGAAGAAGGUUGAGAGGUGACUUAAUUGAAACAUAUAAAAUAAUCAGAGGGUUAGAUAGGGUGGAUAGGGAGAGCCUUUUUCCUAGGAUGGUGACAGCUAGCAUGAGGGGGCAUAGCUUUAAAUUGAGGGGUGAAAGAUAUAGCACAGAUGUCAGACGUAGUUUCUUUACUCAGAGUAGUAAGAGAAUGGAACACUUUGCCUGCAACAGUAGUAGAUUCGCCAACUUUAGGUACAUUUAAGUCGUCAUUGGAUAAGCAUAUGGACGUACAUGGAAUAGUGUAGGUUAGAUGGGCUUGAGAUCGGUAUGACAGGUCGGCACAACAUCGAGGGCCGAAGGGCCUGUACUGUGCUGUAAUGUUCUAUGUUCUAUCUUGCACUCCAGCAGGACAAUUUGCAAGGAUACCUACUAGGGGAAACAAACUUUAGAGGUGUUGGCAUGGAGAUUGCACCAAUUAAUGAUGAUUGACAGUUACAUUUGUACAAACCCAGCAGUUAAAAUGUCUCAGUAGCAUUCUUAGCCCACAAAACAUCAGCUAUUUCAUCCACAACCUUCCUUCUAUCAUAAGACUGAAGGAGAGUUGUUUGCAAAUGAUUGUGCACUUCAACUCUAUUGUCGAUUCCUCAAAUAAUGAAACGAUCCUUGCCGGUGUACAGCCACUUCCAAAAUAUCCACACUUUAGCAGGAAUGCUGUGUAUCAGUGAUAAUGGGAACUGCAGAUGCUGGAGAAUCCAAAGAUAAUAAAGUGUGAAGCUGGAUGAACACGG